AUGAUUGUCUGCUUUUUGCUGGGUAGCAUUUUGGCCUACUUUCUGGUCACAAUCGUCUAUCGUCUCCAUAUCCACCCGCUGAGCAAAUUCCCCGGGCCACGGCUGGCUGCUGUGACAGGUCUAUAUGAGAUCUACUUUGCCGCCUGGGGAGUCGGGUCAUUCGAAGACGAGAUCAGCCGGAUGCACGAGGAGUAUGGCCCGGUAGUCCGCAUCACUCCCGACGAAGUGCACGCCCAGGAGCAAUUCUACAAUGCCAGCUAUGCCGACUGCUGGAUCAAGGGUGACAAGGUCCUGGAUGGAUCCCGACACCCAUCGGGCCACAAUAGCCCGAGAUUCCAAAUCAGGAAGCGAUCGAUAUCGCGGGCGCGAUCGAUCCUCCAAGUGGAGGUGCAUCAGAUCAUCCGGGGCCUGGUCCGGAAGCAUCAAGAGCAUCGGGUGUUUAGCUGGAGGAGUCGGUCACUCUCGAUUCCCCGUAUUCCCGGGAUCCGCCUUGAUCCUGCCGAUGAGGACGAUCUCGAGGAUGGUCCGAGGAAUGUUUCGCCGGAGUACUCCCUGCCAGUGCAACCAAUAAGCCAUCUCCCUCGAAAGGUGAUCCAGGGCUCUGGAAAUCCGACAGCAAUUGCCAGACCUGGUUCUCAGCCAUGCAGAGGAUGA